UUAUGUUGCGCAAGUCGGGACACCACUCCGCCUUCGUUGUUACAGUAAGGACAGUGUUGUUUGCUCUUACAUUAUCUACAGCAGUCCUCGCUUAUUUGAAGUGAUAUACAAACAAUACGUGUUGACGUUAUGAGUGAAUUGACGACCUUCACUGAGGGAGAGUUCUAUGAGGGGCAUUUUGACUCGCGAGCGUAUGUGAAGAAUUUUUAUUCCUGCCCUCGCGGUCACUCUGACGAGAAGGAUUUCCUAACUUUCGUUUUGAAAUGCCUUAGUCGAGUUUUCUCAGCGGGAGAACAUAAAGGCAAGCUGCUGAUCGAUGUGGGCAGUGGACCCUCGAUCCACUCCGUCAUCAGCGCCUGCGACCAUUAUGAAGAGAUCGUGCUCUCUGAUUUCGCAAAUGACAAUCGUAGAGAAAUUGAAAAAUGGCUGAAUAAUCUAGAAGGCAGUUUAGAUUGGAAACCUAUAUUGCAGCACGUUUGUGAACUGGAGGGCAAAAGCCCGUCUGAUUUGGAGGCUACACUGAAGCAACGAGUCAAGAAAGUUUUAAAAUGUGAUGUCCGGUUGGAGAAUCCAUUCUCUCCACACACACUGGAACCAGCUGAUUGUGUCACUACAUCCCUGUGUCUGGAAGCAGCAUGUAAAGACAUUCAAACAUACUGUCAUGCUUUACAUGGGCUGACCAAACUUUUGCGUCCUGGUGGACUUUUGGUAAUGAUUGGUGUUCUGGGCGAAAGCUUCUACAAGGUAGAUGAUCAGCGCUUUUCUUGUCUUAGACUGAGUCAGGAUAAUAUUGAGGAAGUGCUCCGUGGUUUAGGCCUCUCAAUCCUCGAGUUUAAUUUACUGCCUGCAGAAAACAGAAAGGACAACACUGUGUCUGACUUUGAGGCAGUUUUUCAUCUUGUAGCGAGAAAACCCUCUGAGUGACAGAUCAAAAAGGAAUUUAUACAACAAAGCAAAAUCAAAAUAAAUCUCUUUUCAUAGCCUAUGAUUUUUCUGCUUAUUAAUCAAUCCACCGCAGAAGUUUUGGCAUUUUAGAUGAAUUUGGAAUGCAUGAAUCUUAAAGCUUUUAAUGUGUUUUGUAAUGUAAGGCUUUUAAAAAAAAUGCAU